AUGGAUACCUCCCAACUGAUUCCAAUCCCCAAGCACGGGGACGGGAAAAACCAGUCGAUGCUGCCACUUCUGCUCAGCUCGGGCGACGGGAAGGAGGUCACGGAAAAAGCCAUGGCUCUGAUAGCUCCAAUGUUGGAAGGUUUCACCCCAAAGACCAGUGCUGAAGAGUCCAAAGAUGGAGUUGCUUCUCAGAUGGCCACGGCGCUGACUUCGCCUAGAAGAUCGUCUUUGGCAGCUAUUGGAGAGUCGGUUUCGCUUACGUCAGACAAUUUGUCGUUGAAUAACGCUAUUGCUCAGCUGCUGCCCGAACAUGGAGACUCUGUGGCUCCGGGUGAUAGCUCCAAGCCGUACUCCAGAACGAACUCUGCUUCGUCUUGGGACUUGAAUUUGCCUAAACUCAACAAGACGGUGCUGAACCUGUCGAACACUCUGAGAAGAUCAGCUUCGAAUGCUAAUGCUACUCCACCCAAUGUGAACAAGAUUGGCAAGAUCGGUGUGUGUGCCAUGGACUCCAAGGUCAUGCUGAAGCCAUGCAGAAAGAUCUUGAACAGACUUAUUGAGAACGGUGAGUUUGAUACCAUCGUUUUCGGCGACAAGGUCAUCUUGGAUGAGGCUGUGGAAAACUGGCCCACCUGUGACUUUCUCAUCAGUUUCUUCUCCACCGGCUUUCCUCUUGAUAAGGCUAUAAGCUACGCCAAUCUCAGAAAGCCCUACAUAAUCAACGACUUGACGUUGCAGAAAGCCUUGUGGGACAGGCGUUUGGUGUUGAACAUCUUGAACCACGCCAAUGUGGCCACGCCUGAAAGACUAGAAAUCAGCAGGGACGGCGGACCACGGAUUGACAAACUUUUAGAAGACAGGCUUGUGGAGGCGGGAAUUUCUCGUGACCAUUUGCACAGAUUGACCCACCAGGACGAACCCGAAUGGUCUAUGCCUGACGAAGACACACUUGUGGUCAACGGAAAGAUCAUGAAGAAACCUUACGUGGAGAAACCCGUGGAUGGUGAGGAUCACAACAGCACUGGUGGUGGAGGACGUCGUCUUUUCCGAAAGAUCGGAAACAAGUCAUCUGAGUUUGACCCAGAGUUGAGCACCCCACGUACGGAGGGCUCUUUUAUUUACGAGAAGUUCAUGGAUACCGACAACUUCGAGGAUGUGAAGGCAUACACUGUGGGUCAAGAAUUCUGUCACGCCGAAACGAGAAAAUCGCCCGUCGUUGACGGUAUUGUCAGACGUAAUACCCACGGUAAGGAGAUUCGUUUCGUGACCGAGUUGAGCGAUCAUGAAAAGACCAUGGCAAGAAAUGUGAGCAGAGUCUUCAAGCAGACAAUUUGUGGGUUCGAUUUGUUGCGUGUCAAUGGUGAAUCCUACGUUAUCGAUGUCAAUGGAUUCUCUUUCGUCAAGGACAAUAACGACUACUACGACUCUUGUGCUUCGAUCUUGAGAAACAUGUUCAUUGAGGCUAAGAAGUCCAGAGACUUUAUCAAGAACAAGAUCCCUCGUACCAGCCAGAUCAACCAGUCCGAGUUUGAGGAGAAACAGCAGAAAUGGGUUUUCAAGGGUAUGGUUUCUGUCAUUAGACACGCCGAUAGAACGCCGAAACAGAAGUUCAAGUACUCUUUCAGAUCACCUUUAUUCAUCUCCUUGCUCAAAGGUCACAAAGAAGAGGUCAUCAUUAGAGCUGUGCCUGAUUUGCAAGUUGUAUUGGAGACUGUCAAGAUAGCCGAAGAAAAAGAACUCGAGGACUUGAAGAAGCUUAAACAAUUGAGAAUGGCCUUGGAGAAGAAGAUGGAGUUCCCCGGUACCAAGAUUCAAUUGAAGCCUUCCUUGAACUCUGAAAACCCAGAUAUCGUCGAGAAGGUGCAAUUCAUCUUGAAAUGGGGUGGUGAGCCAACUCACUCGGCCAGGUUCCAAGCUACUGAUGUUGGUGAACAAUUGAGACAGUACAUCAAGUUGCUUAACAGGGAAGCACUUAACGACGUCAAGGUGUACACAUCUUCCGAGAGAAGAGUCAUUGCAAGUGCCCAUCUUGCUACCAGCUCCAUGUUAGGAUUGCAAACUUUACCUGACGAUUUCUUGAUUAUCAGAAAGGACCUUUUGGACGACUCUAACGCUGCCAAGGACUUGAUGGAUAAAGUCAAGAAAAAGUUGAAGCCCUUGUUGAGACAGGGUGCUGAAGCGCCUCCACAGUUCACCUGGCCACCCAAGAUGCCUCAGCCAUUCGUCGUUAUCAAGAGAGUCUGCGAGUUGAUGAACUACCACAAGAACAUUAUGGAGUAUAACUUCAAGAACUACGAUGUCAGCAAAUUCCAGGAGAAUUGGUGCUGCGGAGAGGACCCAUACUUGUUUAAGGAGAGGUGGGACAAAUUGUUCCAAGAGUUCAUCACAGUGGAGAAAACUCACCCAUCAAAGAUUUCCGAGUUGUACGAUACCAUGAAGUACGAUGCUUUGCACAAUCGUCAAUUCUUGGAAAAGAUCUUUGCAUUUGAUCCUAACGAUGAAAACUUGCUCAAGACUUUGGGGAGAGAUGUGGUGACACCAUCAAGUCAUCUGGUCUUGUGA